GGGACCCGCGGCUGCGGGUGCCAAACCGCCCCCCUCGGGUGCCGCUUCGUGGACGCAGCCAAGCCGAGCAUGACACUCACCAGCCGGACUGCUGCCUCGUCUCAUCCGUAUCCAGCGCUUCGCACAUGCGGAACAUGCCGUGAGAUUUCCCACAGGCCCUCGAAGGCACCUGGUUGUGUGUAACCGGGAGGAGGAGGAGGAGGAAGAGGAGGAAGAAGAGGAAGAGUCGUGGCGGCGAACAGACGGCAGAUAAUGACGCGAUGGCUCCCGGUGUUGUAGAGCGAGCAAAUCGGAGCUUCUGGCGCCUUUAACGAGAGGGAAACACCGGACUUUAUUGUGUGUUCGACACAGAAACGACCGCAGCCGUGAGAAGAAAAAAAAGGAAACCGCUUUCUGAGAUUUCCCUCAACCGCAAAGCAGCUGCAGCGCUGACCACAUCAUCAUCAUCAUCACCAGCCUGAGGCUUUCCCAAGAGGCUUUGCAGCACGGCGAAGGAUGCCACACCCCCCCAGAUGGUGACUUGUACAGGUAAGGAGUCCCAGUGAGAGGAGGAUCUGAACGUGAAACUCCACGGGCGCGUCAUGGUUUCCCACCUCCUCACACUGCUCCACCUCUGUGUCUCCCAUUGUCCUCUAAUGGUUUGAUGGAGAGCUGGUCGAAUGUCCGCGGGAACGAUCGUCAUAAGCGGAGGAAUUCUCGCCGGCGUGAUACUGCUGUGCAUCGUAGCAGUGCUCUGUUACUGUCGACUCCAGUAUUACUGCUGUAAGAAAAAUGACUCUGAGGUGGACGUGGGCUCCGUGGUCGGCGCGGACCCCCUCUCGCACUUCCCCUGCAGCACCUGCAACGCUCUAGCGAUGGACGGCGCGGCGAUCACCCCCGUCUCCCUGGACCAGUUGGACGUGGGCUCCCACCACAACCACUGCCCCACGUGUUCGCCGUACCCCGUCCGCUCCGCGCCCGCGGACGACGUGCGCAACGGGGGCGAGCGGCUGGGCUUCCACACCUACUACGAGAACCCGUCCUUCUCCCUCCCGCCGUCUUCCAACCCUCAGCGCUCGUCCCCUGUGAGUUACUACGGCCCCACGGACAUGUUCCCUCCCCCGCCGCGGCCCUACAGCACCCAGGUCUGAUGCAGACACAGACUUUACUUAACACACACACCUGGCGUUCACGCGACGACGCCCUUUGGUUGGGGCUAGAUUCAGGUGAUGAUUAUGACAUAGCACAAUAACACGCCCACGUUUACUGCACAAUGCUCACUUCAGAUUCAUUAUCAUCUGGGGGAAGGGACUGAGUAGAGACUCUGUGUGGGCAACAAAUCCUCUGAUCCUGCAGACAGGCGCUUGAAACAGCGUUGCAUGAGUGGGUAUGUGUUGCGUAACUCGAGUGCGGCCUCAGGUUGAUCCACGCUGGGCCACAAAACCAAAUGGCACCGAGGCUACGUUCACAUUAGCAGGCUGAAGUGAGGUGUGUGGACACAGGUAUCAGAUCUUAGAUCCGAUUUAAAUCUGAUGCACGGAAUCUGAUCCGUGUUGAGUUGCAAGUGGAACAAAAUAAUGAGG